AAUUAUUUAAAUCGUAGCAACCAACCGAAAAAAAAACUACAAAUUGUCAUCCGAACCCUUUAACAAUCCUUCGCGCCUUCUUGACCAACAUUUCCAACGGCUUUGGUAUAACCACCAUGAUCGAUAAAUUCAAACUAGGGUCCGGUUUGAUUCGUUAUAUCCGCGGUGUUCCGUCGGCGCCAGCGAAGCCGAAAUUCAAAUUCAUUCAACCGUCGUCGGCUACGUCGAAGACACCGGCCCCACAUGCCCAACAGUCCACAGCCGUCGCCAAAGACUACCACAGCAUCCUGGGGGUGAAGCGAUCCGCCAGCUUUCGUGAGAUCAAACAAGCGUACUACUCGCUGGCGAAGGAAUCCCAUCCGGAUUUGCAGCAUGCGGGAACGAACGCGCGAGAGCUUGUCGAUGAGGCUAAAUUCAAGGAGAUCACCGAAGCCUACGAAGCGCUGAUGAGCGAACAGAAGAAGGGCGACAGUGUGAUUGCGUUAAAUCCGGAGUUGUACCGAAAUGUCACCCGCGAACGUCACAAAACCCUUUCCUCCAGUUGGAGGACCAUCAACGAGCUAAACUACGAGGAUGUCGUCCUCACGAUUUCCUUCAAGGAAGCCAUCGAAGGCGGGAGGCGUGAGGUAAAGCUUCCGAUCGGGUCCAAAUGUGACAAAUGCUCCGCCUGGGGUAGCUUCCCCCCGGUGGACAAAGAGGGUUUGUGCAAGGUCUGUCAGGGCACCGGGAGGCAAACCCUUCAAACCGAAAACGGAACCCUUUGGAUGACGUGUAAAUUUUGCAAAGGCCUACGAACCACCCCCCAAAAACUAAUUUGUCCCAAAUGCCACGGAAAAGGAAUCACGCUGAAACCAAUCCCGCUAAUGGUGAACAUUCCAAAAACCUCUAAAAAUCGAGAUAUCAUCAAGUGUCGCAUACCGGGCCACCAACGGUCCAUCAACAUCAUCCUCAACGUGCAAGACGUCGAUCGGUUUCAGCGAGAUGGUCUCAACAUCGCCUCGACCGAGCAAAUAACGCUCACCCAAGCGAUACUCGGCGCGAACGUUCCCAUCAAGGGAAUCAACGGUGUCUUCAACGUGCACGUUCCUCCGGGGACGCAACCCGACACGGAAAUUCGCAUCCCGGGCAAGGGCGUUUGGGACCUUUCGACGCAGGAACGGGGUCAGCAUAUUGUGAGAAUAAAAAUUCGCAUUCCUACCGAGGUGACCCCAAGGCAGCGUCAUCUGCUCAAGGAACUGGACGCCACCAUGCAGGAAGAGAACAAACUGGACUCACCGUUUUUACGUUGA